AUACAUCGUCACCACAAGCGUACACCAUAUGCUUCGAAUACUUUCCCACGGGAGUCGUACCGCUGGGAGUGCAAAGAUCAAGGCCUUUUCUACUAUGGAGAGGCCCUCGAUUCUACGUCUAACAAGACUUCUGCAUCAACAUACUGGAGUGUGUAUACCGACCCUGUGAAUCCCUUUGCGCAAGCAGGUUUCAACGGUUCAUGCCAAUUCCCUCAAAUCACUCUUGAAGGCCUCGAAGACUCCUGGCAGCACGGAAAAGAUCUCUACGGCGUCUACCACGACCUCCUAGGCUUCCUACCGUCCCAAAUCGACAACAAAGUGACAUACCGCGUCUCCAACAACGUCAUCACCAGCCAAGUCGCCGGCAUGCUCAUACAAGGAAUGUACAACCCCAAAGGAAACGUGCCCUUACACAUCCAACCUAGCGAUAUUGACUCACUCGCACCUUCCUACUCCUGCCCCGCAGCCUCCAAACUCUACAGUACCUACGGCGUCGGCAGCUUCGCCGCAAACUGGACUGCCCACCUCUCCGCCACCGCCCCGCUCUUCAAAGCCCUCGACACAGUCAGUGGCGUCGCCCCUACAUCUGCAGAAUGGCACAAUUGGUUCGACCACUACUACGACAACCUGUCUGCCCGCCAAUGCCACGCCAAGCCUUUGCCGUGCAAUAUCAGCGACCCUGGCUUAUGCAUCGACCAGAGCCAGGCAGAUUCCGUGUACCGACUUGGUCAGUACGAGUACUCGUUCAUCUACCGCGAUGCGCCGCAGUCGCUGCAAGCUGCUGCGGGCUCCUAUGGCGUAUUUCUAGCCGAACUCGCGAGUCGUGUUCGCGCUGCCAUGGCGGGCCAGUCGGAUAUCAUAUAUCGCCAUAACGUGGCGCAUGACGGGUCUCUGGCGCGUCUUUUGAGCUUUCUGCAGGUGGAGCAGAUGGUUUGGGUGGGGAUGGGGUCCGAGGUUGUGUUUGAGGUGUACAAGAGAGCUGGUGGGGAGACGAAGUGGUUUAUUAGGAUUCUUUGGGGCGGACAGGUGCUUAGGAGUUCGAAUCCGAGUCUUGGGUGGAAGGAGGGGAGCGUGGAUAUGCUUGAGGUGAAAGUUUUUCUGGCCUAUGUGGAUGGACUUGUGGGCAGGGGGGCGGAGAAGGUGGUGGCGUUUUGUAAGGGGUGA